GAAACGCCAAAGGGCCCGCCUCCUCCUCCUCAUCCCUCCCGCCCCGCCCGCGCCCGGCGGGAAUUGGAACGGGCGGGGGGAGGGGCGCGUGCCAGGCCAGGGAGCGCUUCGUGAGGGGGGGAGGGCGGAGGGCGGGAAAUUUACCUCAGCGAUAGGGGCUGAGGGGAAAGAGAAUUUUUUUAAAUAAAAAAAACAUUGUUUCUGAGGUCAUAAGAAGGUAGAAAUCUGGUUAGCUUGGCCAGCUUCAAGGUUUUGCCACGCAACCUGAAGACUAGUGGGACCCACCUCUUGAAUUGUGCUCCUUAGGAUCACACACAUACAUGUUCCAGUGGCAGUCAGUUGAACUUUAUAGGCUUGAUAUCUGCCGCAGAGAGAAGAAGCUGCCCAAGAAUGGAAAGGAAGAAAUAUAUCUCACAUCAUCUGUCUGUCCAGAGCAUUUCCUUUGGGUUUAUGGAGAUUUCUCUCUGGCAGCUGACUCAAAACCAAAGAACAGUCUGAACAUCACAACAGUUGCCAAACCAUUUGGAGAUGCAAGGAGCUCUUCAGCCUUCGGCAUGGAAUUGAAUCGAGACGUAUUGGAGAUGGCCUGGAGAACAGUGGGGCAGGAUGACAACAGCAAACUUGGCGAUGCUGCUGCUCUGUUGGUUGGCAUCAGCACAGCUAACUCAGGUGUGUUAUUGGGGAACAACUCCAGCUCACCUCACAGUUCUUCAGCUGUGUCUUUGGCCUUGGUGCUCCAGAGGAAAAGGCAGGGAGCCCACCUUACCUCUGAAGAUUUCAGGUUCCCCAGCCGAAAUGUUCCUACGAAAAGCAGCAGCAUAUAUACUGGAGGAAAAGUGUUCAUAAAGGGGGUGGUGGGAGCUGGAGGAGGAGGAGGAAUCACGUGCAAAUACAGGCUAAGUCCUGAUAAGAAUCCUGAAAGUAAACAAUGAAUUCCUACUAAUGGCUAAGUCACCAAGGACAGCGGUUUGGGAACAACAACAACAACAAUAUCAGAUUUCUUUCUGUACUGGGUUCAAGAACUUCUCCUUUCUUGCAGUCCUGUGCCUGUUUACUCAGAAGUAAGUCCAACUGUGUCCACUGGGGACUGUUUUUGCUUAUUUGUUUAUACAUCCAUUCAUACAUUCAGAAAUGUUUGUCCUGUUUUUCUUUCAAAAGUAAACCCAAAGCAUAUAGAAAAAAAUGCUGGAAAUUAUUAUUUUAUGACACUAUUUUUAAUUGUGUUUUAUUUCUUGUAGGCGGCCGGGAUCGGCUGUCAUAUAAAAUAAAAUAAUACAAUAUAAUGAUAAAAGUAUACAUAGUACACAGUGAAAUUAGUAAAAUCAAUUUCAUACAAUAAAACCAAAGACAGAAAAGUAAGACAGUAAGUUUGUGUUUAGGAUUGCAGCCUUGGCUCAUCAAACAAAAACAGGUUGUUGUUGUGUUUUUUUGGGGGGUGGGGGGACAAGAGGUGGUGAAAUGUCCUGAGAGACUGAGGGAGGGGGUUGGUUUUGGUGUGCUUAUUGUCCAUUCUGACCAACUACCCCUUGGCAAAAAACAACGUAAAUGGGGGAAGACUCUAAGCACUGUUUAAGGGGCAAGGAAGAUCAUUACCAUAGUAACUGACAUGAUUUGCAAGGUUUAAUCAAGGAAUUGCAGAGAGGUGAGCAGUUAGGCAUGCCUCUAUGGUGAGUAAUGAAUGUGUGGGCAAUUCCUCACUGCAGCAAUGGAUGGGGGAGCACGGUCCAGCCUUUAAUGAGCUAUCAUUCUUUGUUCCUUAUACAGAGAGUUCUGUGACUGUGUUAGUUCAUCCUUGGGACAUUUUGGACUGCAGAGAGAAGUAUUUUAGGUUGGUUGGUUGGUUGGUUUGGAAAAAACCACACCCUUCUCAUUCACACCAACAAGUGGCUGAUAAGUGACCUCUUUAAAUCCAAAUCAUGUAAAAUCUAAAUUAACUUGUUUGCAGCGGUUUGCAAGCUGAGCCACAAAUCUAGGAAAAGCAACAGUAGCAUAAGGACGGUCAGUGUGGCAUAGCGUUUAGAGACUUCAACUAAGGUGAAAAGAGUUCAAAUCUCCAGUCUGCCGUGAAAUUUGCUGGGUUAUUUUUGCUGGUGGCCUAGUGGAGGUGAAGGCUAAUGGAGUGCAGAUCUGGAACUUUUCUCCAUCGAAGGAGUGAGGAUUUAAUCCAGCGGUUCUCAAACUCAUCCCCAGUGACGCCUAUUCCACCCUAUAAAAAGCAUUAUUCGGAAUAGCAGUUUCCAUAACUCACUGAGGAAGUCAAUAACACGAUAAAAUCCAAAACAGUAACAAUUAAUUGCACAAAUACAGUGGUACCUCAGGUUACAGACGCUUCAGGUUACAGACUCCGCUAACCCAGGACUAC